CUCUCUACUCCAGAUGCUUGCCUCUGUGGUCUGCUUGGCUGGCUCCAGAACAGUUUAUAGCACUCCCAUUUUCUGUUUACCGGGGACCUUAUAGGAGCCAACGCAGAAAGUGAAGGAACUGAAGGAACUUAACUUUCACUCUGCAGGAACUUACAUUGGAGGAUUGGAGAAGAUUGAAAAGAAAAAAACAACACAGAGCUUCCUCUACUGUUCUAUACAUCCUACCUUUCUUCUCUAGGUUUAACCACUUACUCACCCUCUCACCCUCUCCCUCUCCCUCUCCCUCUCUCUCUCACACUCCUUUUCACACUGUAUCUGUCUUUUCAUCACGUUUACAGGCGGUAGCCAAGAAAACAUUUGGGUGCAACAAUUUCCGAUCUGCACUGGAGAAUGGUCUCUCUCUCUCUCUCUCUCUCUCUCUCUCCCUCUAUAAAUAUAUCUUGCUGUCGCUCUUUCAAGCCUCCCAUUCAUUCAGGACCCUCUCUCCUAUCUCCAGAGCUCUACUUCUUCCUCAGUCUAUCUGUCUUUCCAUAGGACAACUUCAACGUCUUCCUUCUUUUGGGAAGCUCGGACUAAAGGAGGCACAGCUCUUUCACGCAGGAGACCUCCAAGACACAUCCACUAAAGCCACUGUCAGGUGCUGAUCUCCAUAUACUGGCUGGGUAGGAAGGCACAAAGCGAAACUUUCUAUAAUAGACCUAAUCUAAACCUCAAGGCCUUCGAACGACUACUGGGCAUAGCAGCAAUAUCCAAGGUUGUGGGAGUGACGCGGAGGUGGACUCAGUCUUCAGGAUGGCGGCAGACAGUAACAAGGAUUCGCUGCAUUACCGCCGCUCGUUGGUCAUCGCACCCAAAACGACCACACAGUUCAACCAGUUCCUGCCCACCAAGGACAAGCCGGCGGCCUACGUGCCAGCACCUCUCCGCAAGAAGCGGGCCGAGCGCCACGAGGACAGCCGCCGAAGCUGGGCCAGCCCCAAGUACACUGAGGAGGAUGGCACCUUCACCAGACUGCUCCAAAAGUAUGACGUUGCUAGCGAUGGGAGCAAAUCAAUGACAGACCUUGCGGUGGACCAGGAAUCCCUGAAGCAGGUGCGCUACGAGGAGCUGCAGAAGAUCAGAGAGCAGAUCAAGGAGAACGAAGACCAGUGGCAGGAUGAUCUCACCAAGUGGAAAAACCGUCGCAAGAGCUUCAACUCUGAUAUUGUGAAGAAGAAAGAGGAGAGGGAGCAGACCACAGCGAGCAGCGGAAUAGGGAGCCGCGGUUUCCAGAAUUCCAAUUGGAGCUCCAUUGGCAGUCGCCUCAACUCCCUCGCCUCUCUGGACCAGGACGUGUUUGAAGACUCCGCCCCGGUCCUCCGCACCCUCCCUCCGAGGAGCUACACCUUCGACAACCACUACACCCCUCUUGACCGCCUCAGAUCCACUAGCUCCUCCAUGCUCCCCCCAAGGGAGGAGGCGUGCGCUGCCACCACGGCAACCAACAGGGCUGUCUCGCCUUCUAGGGGCAACAUGAGUGACAGUAUCGACAGUCCCUUCGGUUCUGGCAGCGACAUCACUACCACUGUGGGUCGCACCUCCAACUACAACCCCUACGUUCCAGCCCCGAAUCCUUCAGAGAGAGCCCCAAGCCUGGCUUCAUGGUACACCAGUGAAGCCAAGACAGAGGAGACCUUCAGCACCACCACCACCCCCAGCCUACUACCCAAAGCUCACGAGCCCAGUCGCCCAUGGGUGGGGAAGGUGUCUGAAGAAGUGACCCCAUCCACUGCUGGUGGCUCUCUGUACAUACAACAGCCACAGUACAACUCGGUGGUGAUGGACCCACAGCCCAUGCCUCCUGGUGUGUCUCGGGUUUCUGCCUCUCUCCCCAGGAGCUACAUGAGAUCGGACAGCGCUCGGCUCAACUCUGUCGUCAUGCCAAGGCCCUUCGGGAGUCAGUCUACAAGCGUCGCAUCACUGCCACCCGCCUACACAGCUCCUCUGAUGGCUGACUCUCAGAAAAGUGUGAACGGAGAGACGGAUUUCACCAAGAAGCUGUCGGCCCCCAGCCGCUAUAUCCAGGUCAUGACCUCUGAGGAUAAGGCGCACUCCCUCUCCAGCUCUGCCCACAGCAGUGGAGAAGAAGAAGAAGAAGAAAAGACCCAGAAAGUGGCCUACACAGCCCCAGUCAGUCCGUUACCUAUAAAAGACACUAACCAGGAGAGCUACGCUGACAUGCGGAUCAGUCUCAACCAGAAGCCCAACAGCAGUCGAGACUUUGGCUUCCAGACAGAGUGGGACUCCACUGGAGCACACGUCACCUCCAUCCAACCAGGCAGCCCAGCCGAGCUGUGCCAACUGCAGGUGGGCGACGAGGUGAUGUCGGUGAGCGGGCAAAGGGUGGCAGAGAUGAGCUACAGCAAGUGGAAGAGCAGCACAGAGCAAGCUCUGCAGCAGGGAAGCCUUACCAUGGACAUACGCCGUCACGGCAGGAACAACUGGGACAGAGACCUACCUUCCCUGCCGUUUAAAAGCCAUAAGACCAUCAAUCUCACCAGUAUGGAUCAUCAUCCAACAGUUAUAGGUUUCCCCAACACAACCACCAUUAACGCAACCACCAGCUUGGAUUUCACCUCUCGGGGAUCCAUGGAAACCACCAAGAAGGUCACUACCCAACCAAUCAUUGAUGUAGAAUCCAAUGGAGUGAAUGGAGGCUUCCGUGACGAGACAGUGACCGUGAGAAACAAAGAACCCAUAUCCAUGAAAAAUUUAAAACGGAGGUCAGAGUUUUUUGAACAAGGAGGAUCAGAGUCAGCAAAAUCAGAUAUGCAAGUUGCCUCCAUCGCUCCCUCCUCUAACCGCUUGUCCUGUGACCCGGAGGAGGAGCGCAGGAGGCAGGAGAAAUGGCAGAAGGAGCAGGAGAGACUCCUACAGGAGAAAUACCGUUGUGACCAGGAGAAACUGGAGGAGGAGUGGCGUCGGGCCCAGCAGGAGGCUGUGACAGAAGGGGGAAGACACCACCAAGAGGUGCCGAGGGGCCUGGAGAUGGACAGCAGGAGUAUCAGCCCCCUCUCCCCCCUCCGCCAGCCUACCAUGCCCUGGGAGGACAAGGAAGCCCACGAGGAGGAAAGAGGGAGGAGGGUAGAGGAGGAAGCACAGAGAAGACAGGAGGAGGAAGAGAGGAGGAAAGUGGAGGAGGAGCGGCAAAAGUGGGAGGAGGGGAGGAGGACGGAGGAGAGGGAGCAAGAGCUGCUGCGUCUUCAGGAGGAAAGGAAGAGGAGGGAGAAGCAGGAGGUUGAGGAGAGGAGACAGAGGGAAAAGGAGGAGCUGAGAUGGCAGAGGAGAAAGGAGGAGGAGAGGGGGGAGAGGAGGCGCCAGGAGGCUGCUGAACAACAACACAGGGAGAAAGAGAAAAUGCAGGAGCAGCAGCAGCAGCAAUGGGUCGGGGACUCCUAUGGCUAUGCCAAGGCCCAGCCUGAGAUAUCCAUAGCAGACAGGGCAAAGUCGAAAUCUACUCCAGAGCUGGAUGACGUGGAGAAAACUAAGGGCUGGUACGGCAGCUCGGGAGGCAUGGCCCAGAGGUUACUGGAAGAGGAGUUGAGACGUAAAGCAGACAAAAAGGCCCAGAGUCUCCGGGCUGUAUCAGAACUGGAGUUGGAGAGGAGAAACAUCCUAAACGCCAUGAGAUACAGAGAGCCAGAAAGAGUGACUAGCAGCUGUGGGAUAGGCGAAGGAUUGGGGAGGAAGGGCCAGCAGAGCAUACCCCAGGCGGAGCUGGAGAGGCAGCAGAUCCUGCAGGAGAUGAAGAAGAAGACCAACCUGGCCACAGACAACAGCUGGAUCCGCCAACGCUCCACCAGCACCACCAACAGCAAGGACCCCACUGCCAGCCCCAUCAGGAGAGGCGAGUCUCUGGACAACCUGGACACUGCGCCCCGUUCUUCCUGGCGCUCGUCAUGGACACCGGGAAGCACCUCGUCCAUCCCCAACUACAGCCGGCCUCAUUUUGCCCUUUCUGGCCUCAAAACUACAUCCUCCUAUAGUGGUGUUGCCUACGGUGGUGGUGGCUAUGGCAGCGGGGUCGGAAGUCGUCCUGGCUUAGCCACCCUGCCCUCCUCCCUCUCCAUGAGCUCCCUCAGAGAGGCCAGGGGGUGUAACCUAUCUUCCUGGUCCCUGCGCUCACCCUCGCCAUCCCCCACCCCUUCUCUUGGCCCCGAACCCGAGUCACGCCCAUCCUCACAGCAACGCAGCAGGUCAGUGAGUGGCAAGAAAGUCUGUACGCUCUGUGACACGGUGCUGGGCAAGGGAGCUGCCAUGAUCAUCGAGUCCCUGGGACUCUGCUAUCAUUUGACCUGUUUCAAGUGUAUCGACUGUAAGUCUGACCUAGGAGGAUCGGAGGCCGGAGCUGAGGUCAGAAUACGUAACCGACAGCUCUACUGUAACUCCUGCUACAUGCGAUUCAAAACUGGACAGCCAACGUCCAUGUGACAACGCUGUACUAGAGUAGAUAAAGGACUACUUGACAACAACCCAUGAACACUGCAACCAGAUGUAACUUCAGAUGUAUUAAUGUGGUUUUGUGAUUUGACAAAAAGCCCUGAUUCUUCAAUUAACAACUAUCUUGUUCUUUAUUUCUACUGUACACUUGAGAGGGUGAGAUUGACCAAAAAAAGAGAAAAUGUUGAUAUCAACGUAUUAUUUUUACCAGUUGCUUGUAUAAAGUAGUAGGGAUGUGCAUGCGCCUGCGAGUUUUAGACUUUUAGCUGAAAAUAGGGUUGGAAAAUUCUGAAAACAUUCCCAAAUAUCAGAAAUCACUGGUGGAGAGUUUGGGAAUUUUGCAACCCUAACGAAACAAUACUGGAAAUUGAUUUUGGUCUUGUUCAUGAGAUUAUUGAUCCUGAUUACUUCAUACUUCAGAGAUGUAAGAGUUUUCAUGUUAGGCUGGGGGAAGUCUGCGAUUUAUUCUCCUUUUCGCCUACAAAUCUUUUGGUUACAACAAGUUUGUUGUUGACUAAGGUUUGUUGUUGACUCUUUAUUUUUAUCGAUGUGCCUUUUUGGUUUGUUAUGGGGGAGAUUAUUUAAAUAAAAUGUAUUGAAAAUAUA